CUGUAUGUACUUUCUCCGUCAAAGAAUUCCAAUUCCUUAAACGAAGACGAUCAUAAAACCACAAGACAAAUCGUCAAUGAACUUUACCCCCUGGUGACCGACGAAGAACUGAAGAAGAGCGUACAUAAGGCUGUGUUUGACUUUGUGACAUAUGAUGCUUCCAAGGUCCCUGCCAUAGAAAAUUUUAAACCCAUUCAAGAAAACACAGAGUGUAUAUUUGCCAAGAGAGCCAAACUUUGGGGAAACCAAGAAUGGGAUGAAGACUUAAGUUUAGAAGAAAAUACAUUCAGGUUUUUGCCUUCCUUGUUGCACUUCACCCUUGUCUGUCGUCAGUAUAAACUUGACGGUUUUCUGAUCGAGGUACCAGAUGAAUUCCAUCGGAAGAACAUACAGGUUUUUGCCAAGACUUUCAGAAGAAUACUCAAAGUGAUAUCAGACAACGACCCGAGGGGAGUUAGAUGUAUGAACAAAUCCUAUGUUGCAAAACGAAGAUGGGUUUUCGAGUUCAAUAAUGUGACAUUUUUCAUAACAACAUUUGGACCGUUUUAUCCAGAAACAAACAGUAGAUAUGCGUUUGGUUGUGAAAACUGCUUCAUUUUACUUCAGCCAGAGUUGAGUUUUGCUCUCCACGAUUUAUCACCAAGCAGUUCAGAGACAAACUACGAAAACCCCACGACAGAAAGGGACAGAAUUAGGUGUGCAUACAAGAAGGCAGGGAGACCGUAUAUAAUACCACGUGAUAUUACUCAGCCAAUGGCAUGGGACAUGAUCAAGCCAAUUGCAGACGAUAAUCAAAUUAUUAAGUGGUGGUCAGAAUAAUUUACAUGUGUUCUUAUAGUUCUUGAAUUUUUCUUUACACUGGUCAGAUAUUUUUAUGCCCCGCCAUGAAAAUGGCUGGGAUAUAUAUAGUUUGUCAUGCCCGUUUUCCGUCAUUCUGUCCGUCCUUCCGUCCCGCU